AUGGACGCCAACGAGCGAGACUUUAUGCAGUUCAACCCCUUUAUAGCGGCUGGACCUGGCCCCGAGGGUACACAGCCACUUCCUCAUCAAAGUGGCCCGCUAAGAACACCGAUGGUGAACGCGCAGCGGUUAUUCGAUUUUGGUAUGGGUACCCCCGACAACGGACAGAACAAGAAGAAGAAGCGCAGCAGCCCCAGCGUAGCUCCAGAUGAGAAGCGCACCAAGACUGGGCGCGCGUGCGACGCAUGUCGCACCAAGAAGAUUCGUUGCGACAUUCUCGCCGCAGGCGACGAAAGCCAGCCGAUCUGCGCACACUGCAAGCAGUAUAGCAUCGAGUGCACCUUCUUCCUGCCGAUCACAGAGACCCGAUUCAAGAAGAAGCGCCUCACAGAGGCUGCAUCAUCACCGGCAAACAAGCCCGCGACCAACGGUCCCGAGGGACAAACUCCCGGCGGCCGGGCGUCGAUAUCGUCGCUUCUACACUCGCAGAUGCCAACGAGCACGUUUGAGCGAUUCGAUAUGGCCAACCACGAGCACUGGGAAGUGUUCGAGGACGAGGAUGGGCGCAUCAAGGUCGAGGCAUUCGCAGAACAUCCAGACGAUGCCGACGGUACCAGCGCCCAGCGCCUCGCCAAGUACGUGCUUCCUCCGAGUAUGAUGAGUGCUCUUGUCAACUCUUACUUUGAUCACGACUGGAAGCGCUGUCCCAUCGUCGACCGAGCCGAGUUCUUGCGGCAACGAAAACCGUACCCGUUACUGCUCUACUCAAUGUGUGCGGUGACGGCCACGCGCCGCGAGUUUCCGCGUGAAGCCUUCUCGCGGAUGCGCGGGCUGGUCAACGGCCUCCUGCGUGCCAACGAGAUCCUGAGUCAUACCAAGAUGGAACAUGUGCAGUCGAUAUUGUUGUGCUGCACCAACGGCGACCUGAAUGCCCAGCCCGCCGCGCCGACGGCCAGUGCGGCUAAUCUCCGCCUUAGCGUAGCGUGCCGCAUGGGCCAGGACCUCAAGCUCCAUCGCGAGGAUUAUGUCAAGGGCGGGAAACCCCUCACGGUUGAGGAGCAGGAGGCACAGCAGCUGAAGCGCCGCAUCUGGGCGUCGCUCAUGGUGUUCGACGCAUGGUACGGAUGCGUGCUCGGCCUGCCCGUCAUGACGAAUGUGGCCGACUGUGACGUCCCGCUGCCCUCUCCGUACCGCAUCACACCGGAAGGUCCCGUGUUCGAGGAGAGUUACGCGGCACUGAUUGAGAACGUCAAGCUGGCGAUCAUCGCCGCACGCAUCCUACGCACCAUGUACGGCCCGUCGGGGAUCAACCAGAACACCGACGCCGACUUGCAGGGGAUUCUCGACGAGAUGUCCGCCUGGCACGACAAUGUUCCAGAGCCAUUGCGCUUCAAGGGGCCAGAUAGCUCAACGCUUGCCGGCAUGCUGCAAAUGCAGUUCACGGCCGUGCAGUUUCUGUUCUGGCGCUGCUGGUUACGCAUUACGCACCCACCGCCGCCGCAUAUCACGAUCGUACUCCACGUGGCGCGCUGGAACCAGCUCGUACAGUGGUCGAGAGAGAACAUUGAAUGGCUGAACGAACACGACCACGCGCUCGACACGUACUAUGUGUUCCCGUACACGGCCACCUCGUGUGCGCUGAUCCAGUACCACAGCUGGGCUCGCAAGAGGGACCCCGUGAUCCUCGAGACACUCAAGCUUGUUCACGACGUUGUCAAGCGCUGGGAAGAGGCGCUGCAGCCGGACCAGAUGAGCACGCGCAAGAAGAGCUGCGAGACAAUGAUGCUCCUGUACGAGGCGGCACUCAAGACUGUCCCCGACGAUGAUCGGUAUGAGCGUUCGGAGGGUACACCAGGGAGCAGCGCGUCGCGCUCUGGGACAGAGGCCGGACAACACGCACCGGCGUUUCCGAGUAGACCGACGGCUCAUUCAUUGCGGGCACAGCAGACGAGAUACCUUGAGCGACUCGAGGGCGAAGGUCCGCAUGUCGUCAACUACCCUAAUGAGGCGAACACGGGCGCUGAGCUUGUGACGUUUGACGAGCCCUUUGACGACGCGCUGCUGUUCCUCGACAACCUCCCCAACUCGCACUAUGACUGGGCGGCGUGGGAUGGGUACUUUGCCGCGAUCGACCGCGCGCACAGCGCAAACAUGGAGAACAACGGCACAGUGCAGGGGCUGACGGAGUGA